GUCGGAGAACGGUCCGGAGCCGAUGUUUACAUAGGUGCUUAUCUAUAUUCUAUUUUAUCACGGUUCCAGACGUCCAUUGACAAAUUUUUCCAAUUUGCCUUUUUUUAUUAUUUAAUUUCCGUUUUAAAAUGAGAACUAAUAGUCCUUGUUAGGAAAAGUGCCACGAAUAUUAUUCACGUUAAAUAUACUAAUUUAGUUCAAAAUUUAAUAUAAUUAGAAAAUGGUGUUGUAUAGAAAAUUCUUGUACAAACCUUUUUACAGUUGUUGUAUAAGACAACUGUGUUCUGACGCAUUAAAAAACAUCUCCAAGAAUGGCUCUUCUCUAGCACCUAUAUAUAGGUAUAUAUCAUUGUAGAUUUAAUGUAGAUUUACUUUUUAAACAGGUAGUUUCAUACUAAAAUUGUGCAAGUUUUAUCACUUGUUGCAUAAUAAUUAACUAUGGCUUUAAAAUUUAACAGUAUAGGUACAGUGGUAUUGAAUAACAUUUGUAAAAAAAAAUGUAUAACUUAUAAAUAAUUCAUUACGGAAAGGACCUUCUUAUCAAUGGGUCAAAUAUAUUAACAUUGAAAUUGAAUUGCUUAGUAGUCUUGAACAUUUUUUGUACUUUUCAAACAUGUAUCGUCCAAUAUUUAGGUUAUUUAUUUCAUAUUUUAUUCAGUACUUACAUAGCUAUAAGUAAUUAAUUUUAUUUGUUUUAUUUUAAAUAUUUUUGAAUUGUAUAGAUUAGCCUAUCAAUGGCCGAACAAAAUUGCAGUUAUAGACAAAUCUGGAGAGCAUACUUAUUCCUCAAUAUUGAACAGCAGUAUCACAUUAUCUAAAGUAUUAGAACAAUUUUUACAUGGCGAAAUUCAAGAACGGGUUGCAAUUUUAUGUCCAAAUGAUGCAUCUUAUGUUGUUGCUCAAUGGGCUUCUUGGAUAAGUGGACAAAUUGGUAAUUGCAUGUAUUAAAUUUAUAUCUUUUUAGUGUUUAAACAUUAUUUUUAUUUCUAGUUGUUCCUUUAAGUCCACAUCAUCCAGCAGCUAUGCUCGAGUAUUUUAUUAAUGAUAGCGAUACUAAAGUUAUAUUAACAACAGCUGAAUUUGAAAAUAUUGUUCGCCCUUUGGCAGAACAAUUUCAACAAAAGUAUCUUUUGCUCGAAGACCAUGUCACUAUGAAUUUUAAACCACUUGGAAAAUCAUCAUUUGAAGAUAAUAAUAAAAUAGAUACACUGGAUGUGGAUAACAAUAUAAGUGAUGAAGAGCAUUUUGAUUUAAAUGCCAUGAUCAUUUAUACAUCUGGAUCAACAGGGCCACCUAAAGGUAAAAUAAACAGCUAUUUAUGAUAUUAAACAAGAUAUUCAUAUUAUUUUUGGAGUUCUAUAAGUACAUAUAUUUCUAUUUAGGUGUUGUGUUGACUCAUAAGAAUUUAAAUGCACAAAUCUGUAGCUUAAAAGAAGCUUGGGGUUGGAGUAAUAAAGAUGUAAUUCUUCAUGCACUUCCUUUAAAUCACAUUCAUGGUAUUGUGAAUGCACUUAUGUGCCCCCUUCAUACAGGAGCAAGGUACUUAAAUAUUAAUUAAAUAUUGUAAAAUCAUUUUUAUUGUUUUUUUUUUUUUUUUAGAUGUGUUAUGUUACCAAAGUUUAAUGCUACUGAUGUAUGGACAUGGCUUUUAGCUAUAGAACAAAACUAUGGAUACAGGGUUAAUAUAUUUAUGGGUGUGCCUACUAUGUACGUAAAACUUAUAGAGAAUUAUAAGAAAACAUUUGAGAAAAAUGACAGAAUGGUAGAGUAUGUGAAAGCUGUCUGCUCUCAGAAAAUUAGGCAAGUUUGUUUAUAUUGAACUCGGUUAUAUUUUAUUUUAGUAUUAAAAUUAGAAAAAAUAAAUGUUUUGCUUUAGACUAAUGAUUAGUGGGUCAGCACCUUUACCCAGUACACUUUUUAACCAGUGGGAACAAAUUACAGGUCAUAAGUUAUUAGAAAGAUAUGGUAUGAGUGAAAUUGGAAUGGCUCUUUCUAAUCCACUAAACGGCGAGAGAAAACCCGGUUAAUAUUAUAUUUUCUAAAAACAAUAUCAUUAUAACUUAAUAAUUCAUUAUCUUAGGUUUUGUUGGCCAACCACUACCUGGUGUUAAUGUCCAGAUUGUCAAAGAUGACAUUAUUUUGGUGGAAGGGAACAAUACAAAUAUUAAAACAGUCAACAUAAAAAAGCAGGGUGAAGAUAACAGUUAUAUUGGCAAUUUACAAAUAAAAGGGGAUAAUGUAUUUAAGGAAUAUUGGCGUAAACCUGAAUCUACAAAAAAAGAAUUUAACGAUAAUGGAUGGUUUAAAACUGGUAACUAUAUGUAUUAUAAUUGUUUUACAUUUGUUAAUUAUUAGUUUUUUUUUUUUUAUAGGUGACAUAGCAGAAUAUGUAGACAAUAGUUUUAAAAUAUUGGGUCGCAAAUCAGUAGACAUAAUUAAAACUGGAGGUUAUAAAGUUAGUGCUUUAUAUGUUGAGACAGUUAUGUUACAAAACAAAGCUGUUAAGGAUAUUGCUGUUGUUGGAUUACCAGACAGUACAUGGGGACAAAGAAUAGGUGCACUUAUUGUUAUGGAUGAACAAAAUUUAAAUGAUGUUGAACAUAAAAAAUUUAAAAAGGAAUUGAAAUCUUGGGCUGAAACUGUAUUACCACCAUAUAGUGUACCAACAGUAAUGAAAAUUGUUGAAGAAGUACCCAGAAAUGCUUUAGGUAAAGUGGACAAAAAAUCUCUCCUGAAAAAUUCGUUUUCUGAAUAUUUGAUUAUAUAAUAUUUUAUUUAAGACAUUUACAAAUUAUGCAUUUUAGAUAAUUUUUUUAAUGUUUAGUUUAAACAAAUAUAUAUUAGUAUAUUAGUGUGGUUUAUAUUAUUCAGUUUAAAUUUAUGCUUCGGCUCUAUGGUUUUGUUAUACUUAUCAAUAGCACAAUGUUAUAAUUUACAAUAUAUUUUUAAAUUUGGAGUGUAGCAAGGAAUGUAUUGGUUUUAAAUUGAUGUUUAUUUUUUUUUAUCUGUGAAAAUCUACCAGAUUUUACUCAGAUUUUUAAGUGUAGUAAUCUUUUCUGAAAUUAAAUUUUAUCUGUAUGGUACUUUUGUGAGGUCAUUUUUUUGAUUUUCUUAGUGGAUUUCAUAAUAAUUGGGAAAAUUUACAUACAUUUAUAAAAGAAACUGCAUAAGUUUAUUGAUGCGUAGAUAUGAAUUAAAUUUCCUUCUAUAUCCUAUUUUCCCAAUUUCUUUAUCUGCAUCAAUGGCCCAUUCAUUGUGCUAAGUACGUCAGUUUUUUUAUUAGAGUAAUUAUAAUUUAAUUACUAAGAAUGGAAUUUAGAAUUAUGUUGCAUUAGACAACAUUUACACAAUUAAUUUAAUAUUAUAUAUAAUAUGCAAGUAAUAUAAUUAUAUUUUAUAAUAUUUACACAAAUUUAUAGGAUAUUAACUAUAAUUAUUUUCAUAUUUCACAAUUAGAUGGAAAAAAAAAAAUUGAUUUGUUUCUAAAGUCAAUGUUUAUAUACUAUACAUAUACACUUACAUAGAAUUUUACAAAAUAGCAAACUAUAAACUAUAUAAUUGUGCAUUUCUUAUGAUCAUUAAGAAUUGUUUUUUAUGUAUCUUAUUUUAAUAUUUUGUUCUAAGAAAAAUAAUUAUAUGAAAAAGAAAAGAAAAUCAAAUAAAUGAUAAGAAAAAAAUAGGCAAACUAUAGAUAUCAUUAGGUAUUCUUAAUUAUAUUUAAUCUUAAGAUUCAUAGUAUCAUUAUUAAAAGCAUCACCAUUUAUCAUGUACAAAUUAAUAAUUUUAAUUAUUAAAAUUAUUAUAGUAAGUACAUUUAAUUUCAAUGAUAAACUCUUGAUAUUUUAAAGGACGCUAUGGACAGUUUUUGCAUCACAACCUCUCGUUAAAAUAGCUACAUAUUAUAUAAACUAUCAAUAAAGUAAAAUAAUCAUAGACAUGAUAACUAGUAAUUUAUUGCACAUUAAUUAAACAUUAAAACAACAAAUGAUACAAAUAUAUAUUUUUUUUCGUACGAAUCUACUGUAUUCUUAACAAAGAUUUAGGUAGUAAAUAAUAACAAAGUUGGACUGGAUAAUUAGCUCUCAUAGUUUAUGACCAAUUGGAUUUAAUGAAGUUAAUAAGGCCAUUGGUAGAUGAGUCAUGGCUUGUUAUAACAUCAGAUGUUUGAAGUUCAGGUUCAAUUUUUUUGGCUAACUGUUUUCCCAGUUCCACACU